GCGAAACGUCCCCAGGGGCGAAGAGCGAGGAGAAACGGAUGUUUUCGCAGGCUAGAGGGUAAGCUGGCCUAGUAAUCUGCAAAACCUUUUGUAAACUAGGACAAUCUAAACUAUUAAAAUUUCCUCUAUGAUAACAGACCCGGUAUCACCAACUUUUUCUCUCGAUCUGCCUCGACAAGUUACUGUUCCCUCUACAAGUAAUUUCAACCUGACUUGCCAUGCAUCCGGAAUUCCGCUGCCAAACAUCACUUGGUUUAAGAAUGGAAGUCGCCUCCUGCAUCCUCCAAUAAGUACUGUCAAGGGUCAUUCCAUGCUACGUUUUGAGUCGAUCAAAAGAGAAGACAGAGGGGUGUACUGGUGUGAGGCAAACAAUUUUGCAGGUUGGAAAAGGUCAGCGACUGCAACUGUCACAGGUAAAUACUAUCAUUUUUGUAUCAGGGAUAUGUCCAGUACUUCAGUGAAAAGAUAAGCUAGGGGACCCUUCAUAAAACUAACAAGUAUUGUUAUAUAGCUGGAAAUUUCUUCCCAACAGCGCGUGCUCUCAUUAAUUACUUCGAGGUCACAUGACAUUUAACAAUAAAACUGUAUCCCGCCAAAAUCUCCGAGCGGGCAACAUUGCAAAAAUCUAUUGUUACCCGCGAAUGUUGACCGACAACCGCCGUUACAGUGAGGUUUAAUGUAUUUUCAGCUUCAAAAUAUCUAACUAUAUCAAUAAUAAACCAAAAACAGUUUUCAAUGUUUCCCUCAGGCUCGCCUCGGGAAAUAGUGAGAUUCGCGGGAAUCAAAAUUAACUGUUUCCCUCGAGACCAGUUAUUUUAAACACUUAAAAAGUGUUUUUUGUUUACCAUUGCCUCAUGGGGAGAUUUAAUAUCAUUAAUAUUUGUUCGCUUGCCUUAUGUGUUAGUAUUAUGGAAGCCCUUCUUCACAAUGCACCCCCAAGACAAUACUGUGAAGUUAAAAUCUGGAACUGCAGUUGUAGCCCUAAAAUGUGCUGCAGAAGGCCUCCCGCGUCCAGUUAUAAGCUGGUUAAGAAACAACUCGACAGUCGUCAACGACACCGUGACCAUCAAUGGAAGUGUUUCCACUCUCAACCUUGUUUUCCGUACUAUAAAGGACGAGGAUCCUAGGUAUAUGUGUGUGGCAACAAAUGUAGUGGGGAGAACUUAUUCCAGUGAAGCAGCAUUGACGUUCGCUACAAAGUCUCCAUCAAGCAACAAAGGUAACGGUUUUUGGACUUCUUAACUCGAAAUAUGUUCCAAGCUUUCAAGAGACUUUAAAGUCUUUUAUAGUGAACACAGUUACGAUAAUAAAUCAGUUGCUUUCGUCUCAGCCGUUCACCCGGACGAUCGUACUCAAUCUACUUAUAAAAUGAUUCUUUGGCCAAACCUUUCGCAGUAGUAAAUAAAUUAAGAAUUUAAUCCCUUAGUUGUUUCCACCACUGGGAUAUCGUCCUAGCAUGCAUCAAACUCUACCUGAACUACAGCGUCCAAUUCUCUGGAUUCGGUCAGAGUGAAAAAUCUUUAAAUUCACAAAAUUAUUUUUGGAGACAUUUUCACGGAGUUCAAAAAGGAGACUAAUAUGAUGGAAAUUUUAACUCAGUGCCUCGCAUGCGAAUUCACUGCUCAUUACCUAUAACGAAAUAAAGGAAUGAGUCUAAAUCUGACUCGACUUAAACGGAUAAAAAAAAGGAAAAGUGUGGAAUAAAGAACACGCCAUUUUACUUCUUCUUCACCCUCCCCCCCCCCCCCCCCGAAAUGCAUGAAGAUUAACUAUUUUAUCAAUAAAGGUUGCUUUGGCAAUUGCAAAGCUAUUGUUUAGUGGGCACUCAUGCAAAGCAUUGCAGUGAGUUCCCUAUGCCCAGGGCAACCUUUAUUACAUUAAAUGAGCUAUACGUGCUUUUAGCUUCCGCGGACGAUGGUAUGUCUCAACUACUCUGGCCAUCUAUCAUUGUCGGAAUUGUGGCUAUACUUGUUGUCGUCAUGAUCGUCCUCGUAAUGAAACAAAAGUGGUGGAUGAGGGCCAACAGCCAACGUAAUUGGGAGGUAUGUGAAAGAAACGAUCAUUCAUUCCUAUCUGAGCUUUUAACAGCAAUUACGUAUAAAUGACCGAGACUGGAUGCUUCUUGUGUCACUGACGCAGGACUCUAUGAUACGGUCACAAAGAGUCCUCAUAGAAAAUAUAUUUUCAUCAAAAAACGGCCUUAAACGCUGUCAAAAGUAUGAAACUAAUAGUCUAAGAAUAAUAAUACAAUUUAUUAUACAUUGUAGUCACCAGCCUACAGUUAAUUCUGGGAAACAGCGCAACCUGGGAGAUUUUUCACUGGAAUCGAAGUUGAACCUACUGGAUUAGUGAAUAGUCUUUGGAAUCCAGAAUACGAGGGUGCCAAUGGGGUUAGCAAUUAACUGAUAUUCGGCAAAAAACAGAUAUGCUGUACUUAACUGAUAAUUGGCCAAAAACUAGAUAUUAAAUUAAUAGUUAAAGGAACAGUAUCCCGUUACUGCGCAUGCACCAAACUUUGAUUUUUGGACGGGAUGUCGCGAAAUCAAAAGAUGCGAGGAGAGUAAGAUAAUCUUGAAAAAUCCGUUUGCAUCGCGCUUGGUCGGGUUCAAUACGACACUAAAACUUCUCAGGAUUAUAGAUCAAUGAUAUAUUGUUCCUGUUAAGUUUCGAUUUGGGCAAAAUCUGGAUUUUUUGGCCUUACUUUCAUUGCCGUUUGCCGGAGGACCAAAAGAUUGGAAGCACUUUGAUGCCGAUAAGGCUUAUUUCUUCUGCUAGCUUCCAUACAAGCUCAGAUUGAAACAGCAACAAUAAAGACUGUAAGAAAGAAACCGUUGAGACAUUGAUGUGACUGAGGAGAUCUUGUUUGAAAAUGUUUUGCAACGACGCGUUAGUAAACUUUUAAAUGAAUUUACGGCCGACAAAAUCGACCAAACAGGCACUACACGUUUUGAAAAUUCGAAUCCCAUCGUUGAUGACUAACCUUUGGAUGAUUCAUAGCGGAGAUUGCAUUUUUAUUUAUGGAAACGUUUGAAUCGCGGGAAUCUUUCAGAUAUUACUGGACUUGGAGCGAUUGACCACUGACACGAGUUUCAAAUUAGAAAAUAUGUUUUUAAAGCGAAGCGGAACGAGAUUUUCGGGUCGCGAGGCGGCCCAAUGGGGUUAGCGAUAAAAUCGCGAUGAUAUUCGGCCAAAUUUUUUAUAUAAGAUACGUCUUCGAAAGUCUAAAAUAACUUGAGAAUAUAAACAACAAAUCUCUGUCGGCGGUGCGCUCCGGAAGGAAAAACUAGAUAGUUUAUUGUUUUGAAGAAAAAACAGAUAAGUUAACUGUCCCUUUAACUGUUAAAUGAAAAGUUAACAGUUAUAAGUGAUAUUCGCUGAAUACGAUCCUUCAUAUGUUAAUAAAACCAACAAAGUUUUCAAACACAAAUGCUAUUUUCUGACUUUUUUCUGUCCCGCUGAUGACCCGGUGGAACAUUAACUGAUAUUUAACUAUUUAUAAUAUGCAAGAGCAGGGGCGGAUCUAGGGGGAGGGUGCAGGGGGUGCGCAACCCCCCCCCCCCCCGGAGAUGACCUGCGGUUUUCUAAUACAACUGGUAUUCUGCAAAAAAAAAAACUAUGUGGUUUAUUGGUGUUGAAGUAGCGCAAGAGACGAGUGCACCCCCUCCUAAAAAAUAUCCUGGAUCCGCCCCUGAAGAGGCACCAUGGUAGAAACCCGGCAAAAAAAAUUAAUUGAACGUCACUUUCAGUCAUAGAGCUGUUUGCAGACAGCUCAAAGCUCAAUGAAUUCGUCUUCUAAUAUAAAUACGAUUUCUGUAUUCGGAAAAAGGAAAUACUGUUUUCACGGACUGAAAAGAUCGUCAAGUUAAACAUAACUACCCAGAGAAAAAAGCUGUGACUCUUAGCAUUGGAUCUGGCCAAAAAUAAAUUCAUUUCUUAUGGUUCAGUGAUAUAAAUCAGCAUCUUUCUUUCAAACACAUGGAAUUUAAAUUGUACUUACGAGAAAUAGUUUUUGUAACUGAUGUUGCAGUUCUAACUAUUGAGACUAUUAAGCUCGUGUUAACCCGUGGAUAUCUUUUGACGCUUUGGAAAUACCAGAAAAAAGUACGCCGUCUUCGGAAAAGGACGUAACGUUGAGGUAGGCGAAAGAUGAUCUCGACAAAGUCUGUAGCGAGGUACAAAAAAACAUCUGACCACGCAGGUGGAAAACUUACACGCAGUUUCUUACCUCAACACAAAAACAUUUAGCGCUUUGAACUACCAUCAAGACUUUGGAACCAUAGUGAAGGAACUAGGAAUUCGAAGUGGGCUAGACACAGGAAAAGUCGAAUUGUCCCGUGUCUAAAACCUCAUCUCUUUGUCAGCACUAUCAGACCUCUCAACCAUGUCUCUCCCAUCGGUUCAAACAGUGACAAAAGAAGCUGAAGUUGGGAUGAAGGACUGUAUAGGUGACUUUCGACCUGUUUGUAAGAAAGUGAAAGUUACUAGCUAACCAAAAUUAGUAGUUAACUGAGAAUUGGCCAAAAAUGGUAAGGUAGUUAAAAGAUAUUUGGCCGAAAAAUUAGUUUAAACGUUAACUGAGAGUUGGGUAUGCCCAUUAGCAACCUCGGACACUGCUCAAGCAAUCCGGAUUCUACUAUAGAUUGUAAUCCGGAAACCACAUUUAACUGACAAGGAAUCGAGAAUCCAGUACCUGGAAUUCAGGAUCCAGGGCGUGGAAUGCUCUCCUGGCAUGGGCCGACUGUAAAAUAGUUUAUAAAUUGGACUGAUUAUGAAUCGAGUUAAACUUCUCUUUGCAUGAAGGAUGUCUUCAUUUGAUUUGAGCUAAUCAGAAAUGGAAAAAUAUGUUAAAUGGAUAACAGUACAGUAAAAUGUAUUUACUAGAUUGUUCUUAGCUAAGUAGUUUUUUUUUUCUUAUAUAAGUUGCCGAGAGAGAAAAAAAAUCACCUAACAUGCAGGGCAAUUUGGGCAAAGCCUCUUUCCAUGUUGACCUCUAAUAUUUAGAUUGACCCAUUGAGACUAAAAGCAAAGCGUCAAUUUAUAGAUGUAUAUACUUUUAAUACUGGAAACCGAAAAAUUACAACAAAUAAGCUUCAACCUAUGUAAAUCCAGAAAUUUAUACUUGACUGAUUUUAAAACAAAAAGAGAAAAUUAUUAAUCAUAUUCGAUCACAGUAAUAGUCUUGGAAAAGAAUUCUUACCCAUACGUGUGCAUCACUGACCUCCGUUCCCCUCUCUUCUAGCUACACCCCUUUGCGAAGCUAUUUUAACAACAGAAUGUCAGAUUCUAACCCUAGCUCAUCAUUUCAAUUAAAUUUAGCUGGUCAAGACGCAGCAAGAAUUUAUCGAGUUGCAAAAAAGAAAUGGCGAAGAAUUAAUUAACCAGCUGCGAAACAGUCAUUCCACUAGCACUAUCACCGCAGAUUCCACUCAGGAGGGCACGCUGUCUACCAUGGACGGUCAAGAGGAAGCCAUCGACAACGAAUUAUACUUACAAGGCAUGGACACAGAAAAUCGAGACUGGGAAGUCCCUCGAAAUAGGCUAGUUAUAACGGAAGAAAAGCUUGGCGGAGGGGAGUUUGGUAUUGUAACCAAAGGAGUGUAUUCACGAACUGACGGAAAUAGGCUUCCCGUGGCUGUUAAAACACUUAAAGGUUUGUUUUGUUAGUUUUUACAAUUUUUUUGUUUGCUGUUUUGUUUACCAUUAAUAAGUUAAGGCAUAUGUUUUAGGUAUGUGCAGCCUGUGUAGUGUUCUUUGUCCUGAGCUUAUAACUGGAACUUUAAGAUCAUGUUUGAUGUUAUCUCAAAUUACCUUUUUGGUCUGAAAACGGGUGCACUUACUGGUUAUUUAACCUGCAUUCGAUACAGAAACCGUUCACAACCUCGCUUUGACAAAAAGCUACCCUGCGAGCCUCCCCUUGGUCGAGGGGCAGAAAAGUAGGCUCUACCUGAAUCGUUUCAAGCCUUUGAAUUCGACUCAGACCGAACCUCUGGAAAAGUUUUUUAUCUUAUUUUCUCUCGAUAAACUGAUUUUUCUUUUUUGGCAGAAGUAUCCGUUUAUGAAAACCAAUGGUCGUAACUGAGUUGUGAGUUUUUUGCUCAGCGAACGAAAAUGCUAUUAUUUUAAAUAGAACUAUUUAUUACUCAAUUCAUGCAGGGUCUUUCUCGAGUACGCAAUAAAUCGAGCAAGCUGGUAUGGCAGGGUAUCAAAGCGCUAGGAAUCAUACUUUAAGUUUUCAAUUUUUACGGUGGUAAAUUCACUUUAAAUCAACUUUAGUUGUCUCUGUUCUAGUAUCCCACCCUUUCAGCAACACCUUUUUUUCCUUUUUUUUUUUUUGUUUUUUUAUUUCUAAAACACUGCAUAUGACCUCUUCAUGCAUUCAUCAUCAGGGAAAUCAGAAGACUGGUGUUGCAUUGUUGGGGUCCAAACACACAACCCAGCUAAACUUGAGUUGGCUGUGUUCAUAUACUCUCAACAUAUAUUGGCUGCGAUUCGUUUCAUUUUUUCUGCACAAUCGGCCCUUUACUGGCUGAUCUAUACAAUAUGCUUGCUGUUAGUGGACGAAUAAGCCUGGACUAUGGUAAUGUUAUUUAGCUGUACGUUUCUUCCUUUGUUUUAGAAAAUGCAGAUCAACAAGAACGAAUGGCACUCAUACGUGAGUUAGCAAUCCUCAUACACGUUGGCCGCCAUCCAAAUAUAGUGAGCUUGGUUGGAGCUUGUACAUUUGAAGGUAACGAAAGUCUAAGCAUAGUCGAAUCACCAUGAGCCACUCGUCUAAAAUUAUAUACUUACGUAUCAAUUUUAUAAAACUUUCUCAGUGCGUUAGCUUGCUCCUUGGAGGAAUCCCAUUUCCUGAUCAUGAAUCUCACGAAUCUCAACAGGGGUGUAGACAGGCAUUUCCCUUGGUUGGACACUGUGUUUGUAGCAUGUACAGCUACAGGUGACGAAACUCUAUUAGGGUAUCCUCUUACUUUGCAAAACAAGUGCUUGAACAUUUCAAAGAUAAAAAAAACUCAAUUCACCUUAGAGCACAUGAUGCUGGCUCGUCAGGUACACCCUUGCUUAGACCUGAAGCGUUUUAGCUGGAACUGCCUUUUAAUUUUAUUAUUAUUAUCAUUUUUUUUUAGUUUUUAUUUUUUUCUGUAAUAUAGGGCAUGCGUAUGUGGUUAAUCCGCAUCUUUAAAUAUGCCGACAGCUCUUACUACAACACAGAACACAUGGCCUUCAGACGCAUGUUAUAUUGCUAUGAAUUACUCAAACACCCAUCCAUCUAUUAAAUAUAUCCUUUCUGAACUGUCUUUUAUAUCUCGUUAUCUACAUUAUUUACUUUCCAUCUUUUGAUUUAUUAAUACAUUUCUUUGGCAGAGCCGCUUUGUGUUGUUAUUGAGUUGGUUUCUGGUGGAAGCCUUGAUAACAUACUCCGCAGUAGUCGUGUUCAACCCGAGAGAGAUAUUCCAUCUUACUCAAACAUCUGGUCACGGCUGAAUGAGAGGGAACUUUUAAAGAUUGCGUUAGACGUUUCUAAUGGUAUGAAGCACUUGGAGAGUAAACAGGUAUUCUGAAGAUUGUAAUCAAAAUAUUGUUUGGAGUGAGUAGUUAUUGGAAGUGCUAGCUGAACGUUCUUACCACGAAAUUUGACUGUCAAAAAUAGCGUUUACUAGAACUAAAAUAUUGUGAACCUAUUUCCUAAAUGAAUUAUGGUAAAUCAUUUUUAAACAACUCCAUUAAAUCAAAACUGCUUUCCACUACUAUUUGACACUAUUUGACAGUUAUUUGACUAAGACCCGAGGGCUAUACAUACCUUACAUGAUGGCAUAAGUUGCCACGGUCUAUGAGGAACGUUUUUCAGAAAAAUCAAUCUCGUCUGUAAUUCUUUAUUGUAGGCGUUCCCUGGCCCCAAUCGUGAAAUCUCAAUAAACAAUCUGAGAAGGGUCUUAACUGUCAAAACCCGAGCACUAGAACGCCGUAACUAAUAACCUGGCUCCAAUUUUGAAAAGCUGGAUUGUGCUAUCCACCGGACAUAUCACUAUCCAUUGGAUAAGUAUUAGGGAAACCAGUUGCACUAUAAGCUGGAUAGGGGCUUAUACAGGUGGAUUGUAGUCGUCUACCUUUUGAACAACUGGCCCUUGCACAAGAGGACUUCGGUGAUCGAUUCAGACGUUCAUUUUACAAGAGCUAAUUGAUAUUAAAAUAUUAUUAUGUAGGUUCUCAUCUGGGAAUAGGAAAAGUCAGUGAAAACCAGUACAAGUCGUUUAGAUGAACCUGAAAUACGGAUUUUCUGGGAAUAAUCAGAGCGUUACAGGGAAGCAAGGGAACCACGCCCUUCAUAAUCAUUUAAAUGGCAGAAUAUUUUCUGUCAUAAAAACAUGAAACUGUUUUAAAAAAGCGUUUUACCCUACUUUUUCAGUAGAUAACCAACAAAUACAAAUCUUAAUUGGAUAAGGAAGGUUCUUCUGAUAUGCACGCUUUUAUUGUACCAGCCUACACAAAAGUAGUAGAAAAUUAAGGAUACAAUCAACACCAUAAAGCAUGUUUCUAUUUCCAAUUUCAUUUCCAAAUUAAAACAAGAGUGAAAUUAUAUUUGGAGUCUAAAAUAAAAAAAAAAUAAGUAAAGGCUUGUUUAUAGUGGAAAUUGCAACUAUAAAUAUGAAGCAAUCGUAGUUUUCAGUGCUUAGUCUUCGAUGAACUCGCCGAAUGUUUUUAAGGUGGUGGUACACGUGUUCCUCCUUUUUGUUUUUUUAUUUUUUUUUUACCUUUUGUCCUUUUUAUCUCUUUCCAGCGGUUAAUGUUUUAUUGAUCAUCUGAAACAACUUAAUUCAAUAAAUGCAAUGCGUUGUUGUUGUUGUUUUUUUCUUUGCAAUACAGUGUGUUCAUCGUGACCUUGCUUCUAGAAAUGUUUUGGUUGGAGGAGGCCUGGUGGCAAAAGUUGCUGAUUUCGGAAUGUCACGUGACAUAUCCAGAGAUGGACAUUACAUUAAGACCUUGCAGGUAAAAAGUUCGUUGUAACUGUUGUAUCUUUCCGACAUUUUACGAUCAAACUGUAUUUCUUUUUUUUGAUUAAUGGUAUUGCAGAUGAACAGUCGUGGCUGUUUCAAAACGUUAUGCUGGAGAGCAAGAAACGUUUAGGGGCAAGAGAAACAAAGAGCUUACAUCGUUAAAAAUGGUUAUUUCCAUUUGCAAUUACAGUCAACUCCCUCUAAGACGGACAUCUUUGGGACCGGCAGUAAGUGUCCGUCUUAGAGAGAUGUCCGUCUUAUAAAGAGUCGAAUAAAGGGAGUAAAGAAAGGCAGGUACCAACUCUAGGUGUCCGUUUUAGGGAGGUGUCCGUCUUAUAGAGGUGUCCGUUAAGAGAGAGUUGAUUGUAUAUGCAACCUGUCUGUCUGUCCUCCCCCAGUGUGUUUCUUCCUCUUCAGCAAGGCGUUUUACCACAUGAUGUAUCACCUGCAAUAGAUAUAGCAAAGCUGGUACAGUUCGUUCUGACGAGUCUGAUUCACAGCUAUUCAAACAGUCAUAAAUAACUGUGUCUUCAAGAAGACGUGGGUACUUUGAGAAAUACAGCAAGUUAGGAAAUAGAAAUCUCUUAUUUUAAAGAAGCUAUUAUCCAGAAUACCAUUUAAUAGUAGUUGUUCUCGUUAUACACAAGGGGAGAAUUCCGUGGCUUUGGAUGUCUAUAGAAGCUUUGAAGGGAAUCAGUACCAUCAAAGGAGAUGUGUAAGUGGUACUUCGUCUAGUAUCUCAAAAUAUGUGUGUAACUUGAAAGUUCAUAUAUUUGCCGAGUCAUUACUGUGUUUGCAUCUCUAACUUCUAAUUUUGAUAGUUUAAAUGAUUUAUACCACCAACAGAUGGUCCUUCGGUGUCGUUCUUUGGGAAAUUGUCACACUUGGUAAGUUCCAAUAACUACGUAGUAUUUCAUGAACUUAAAAGGAUAUAAAAUUUCCCCAAACAGAAAAAAAAAGCAUUUUUAAAUGUUCAGGCCUGAUAAUGACAUGAUUCUAAUACUACGUGUCUUUCGAUCGUCUCAAGAAAGUGUCCAGGCGAUAGCUGCGAUUAUGAAAUGCUGGACAUGAAUACGGACUUUUAGGCAAUGGGUAGAACUCCGUCAAACAACCCACUCAACUACCUCAACCGAACGACUAGUAAAAUAAAGGUUACAUAGGUUUUCAUUUCUUCUUUUCAUUUUAAAAAUCCAGGUAAGCCUGGUUCAACCAGGGUUAAACAGGCUUGCCAGGGCUCGGUUGCAUAAAACCUACACUUAAGUGCCCACUUAAGUAGGUCACUUACGAAUCCGUUAUGGGUACACUUACGGGUGUUGCAUGAAACGCACUUAGCACGCUCGUAAGUUACUUUUUUACGUGGUAACUUACGGGCUCACUUAAAGGCACACGUAACUUUGAUAUAGUACUUUAUUAAUGACUCACUUCUUUUUUUUUUAAAGCUAACCAUCGGUGAGUGUAAAGAAAGUUUUAAUUCGUUUCGAACAAUUUUAAGGAUCUCAAAAAAUUGAAAUUUGUAUGCAAUCGUUAUUUUUCUUCAAUGUCUACUCAAAAUGAUAAUUCUUCUUCUUUUUUCACAACGUCGGCUUUAAUGUGUACAUCAGAGGUUAACAAAGCGUAUUGGAACGAAUUACGUGAAGAAAAAUUACUUUUUUUCACUUCUCAGUAAAAGAUCUCGUUAACUUUAGUAAAAACAGUAACGAUAAGAGACCUACAUAGGUCCCGUAAAUUUACGUGCUAUUUUUCCAGUAAAAAAGGUUUUAUGCAACACCCGCAAUUUCUGUUGCAUAACCGACACUUAAGUGAACACUUACGAAAUUCGUAAGUGCAACCACUUAAGUGGAUUCCCUAAGUGGACCACUUAAGUGAUUUAAUGCAACUCACUUAAGUUACGAGUGCACGUACGUAUAUCCCUAGUUGUUACGGGCGUUUUAUGCAACCGGGCCCAGGCUUUAAACUAGAAUCUUAAUGCAAGGAGAAGAUUAUAUUUAGAUUGGGUUUUGGCUGCGCCAUUACUCUUUCCAAUUCGUCAGGGACGAUCGAGACAAUUCUGACAGCCGCAUGCAUGGAAACGGAUAUAUCAAUAAGAUAAUAACCCGAAACCUGUGCUUUAUAGGAGAGCUGCCUUAUAGGGGCGUCACUGGAUUGGUGGAGCUUCAUGAAUUGCUGUUAGAAGGCGCUCGAUUGGGGAAACCCGCUCACUGUUCUGAAGAAUUGUAAGUUUUAUAGUGACACCCAUGGUAACAUAUUCCACAAUGAGGUUAAAUUUGGGUCCUCAAACCAUUCUAGACAAUCUGUAGGUUGCAACGUAAUCGGCAACCGAGUAACUUGAGAUCAAAUCAUCGGCUUUGUAAGUCAAUAUCAGAACAUAAAGAAGUAAUUUGCUGCAAUUGUCUCCUAUCGUUUCCCGCCUCUUGCGCUGGACGUUUCCGCAAUACAGACUGUUCAAGUAAUUACGUUUGGAAGUUCAGUAUAUGUAGGUUUCAAAUUGAAUUAAUUUGGGGUUAUUUUGUUGUUUCUCUAGAUCAAUGAAAUUGAAAUUUCUAGUUUUGCUGCGAAUUCACAUUAAACUCAACUGCUACUUGACUGCUUUUUGGUAGAUUUUAAAGGGUGUUCAUAAAAAAGUGCUGAAGAAAAGGAAAAUUAGGUGGACCAAUCCGAGCUCCUAAAAUGUACUAAGUCGGGAAGGAGGAUUUUGAGUAACAAGAGGAGAGCAGAAAGCUCCUGGCUGUACUACUAAUGCCACAACUAAUAAGGUUUUAUCAUUAUGAUAUAAAUCUACACCGACUUAGAGUUAAAGGUGGGAUUGUGUGUGCGUGUGUGAGAGGUGGGGGGGGAUCAAAUGGUAGAGCUCCAAAAGGAGGAAAUAUUGAAAUUUUCGAAUAGAAUGCAAGUAGGGUCUUCCAAAUUUUAUUGCUCAACAAUAGUUUCUCAUCAGCCCUUCCCCCCCCCUUCCCCCCCCCCCUCCCCCUCCUCAAAAGAGUUUUUGUGACUCAGACGUCAUUCUUGCGAAACUGUUUAGCGGCGAGGAGCAAUGACAGACGGAUCUAUUUUAAUAUCUGUGGGAUUACAAUGAUGAUCAUCUGUGUCAAACUAAGAUACUGUACUGAUUCUCGCGAUCUUUCUAUAGUUAUGACGUCAUGCUAAAGUGUUGGCAGCAUUCCCCCGAUAAUCGCCCUUCUUUUGAAGAGCUUUCUGUAAUUCUUCGUCAAAUACUCGAGGAGCAGGAGGUAAGAAUUUACGAAUAAUAACUCGCUGAAAGUAAAGGGUAGAUAUAUGCAGCUGUUAAAAAAUUCCGGAAGCUUACAAUUACAGUGUAAGAUAUCAGUUGAUCGGAUUUCAUUUUAAGACCACACAGAAGGUUGCAUCAGUUCAAACCCUGUUAUGAAUUUUAGGGCCUGUUUACAUGAAGGUGGGGACCCCAGGUAGGUGAAGUAACAGGUAUGUGAGAUUACCCCACCUGAUGUAAACGUGAUCACAUUAAAAUGAGAGAUAAUAUGGACAGGCAGGUUACCCCACCUAAACAGGUUACCUCACCAACCUGGGGUCCCCCACCUCCAUGUAAACAGGCCCUUAGACCUGUAAAUGCAAGCAGAAUAGUUACUGUGUAUAUACAGAAAGCGCCGACUAUUGUCUAUUCCGUUUGUUGAAUCAGAAAGUCAAUAAUCUGACCUAAUAAGUUAAUUAAGAACUAAAAGCUGAAACAGGGUGGCUAACCUGUUGUAGGGUCGGUGAGUUCAGUAAAGCAUAAUUGAUGAAGUACUUUUUCUUACCUAAAAAAUAACGUAAUUAAUUAACCAAAUUUAAAGGGGAGUCUAUAAAAUUAAAAAUCCGGGUACAAGGAAAGGCAUGGAACUUGGUUGGCCGCCACUUAACCGGAGGGAUGCUGUUAAAAUCCUUAUAUGCACGCCAGCGGGUUCUGACAGUGCAUUUCUCACCUACGGUACCCAUAGCCUUUGAAGGUUAGAGGUAUCUCUUUCAAAGAAAGUUCGAGGUCCCUGCUGUUAAGGAAACCACCGGCCCUAUUCCGUCCAAAAAACUCUGGUGAAAAAACGAAACACUGCCGUAAAUUUUCUCUAUCUCAAAUGCUCCUGUCUAAUGAUUGCCCCCUGUCUAAUAGCACUGCACACAGAUUCUAAAAAUAGUCUUCGUCUGAUGAGACCCCCCGCAUGGCUCAGACAAACUUUGCUUCUCACUCAAAGGCUUUGUAUGUGCGUUUACUGAGUGUUGAGUCAAAACAUUGAUUUUUUCGCGUAUUUUUAUCAGGAUAUGGUAAACAAUAAGCGUUGAAGCUGGGAAAAAUGUAAGAGGGACUCAAAGAUCCCUGAAAAAGUGGUCUGAGUCACUAAAUAAAUGCGAGAAAUCCAGAAAGAAAGCGAAGUACGCUAUGUUUUGUGGCAGUGAUCACUGAUCAGGUAGCGGGCAAACUUGAAAGAGGUAGAUACAUGGCAGUCUUAAAUUUUUUCCAUUUUCACGAAUUCUUCGAUUGAAUUCCUCUAAAAACGUGAAACGUUUCUUUAAAAAUCUCAAGCGAUUUUAAGCAUUGCCCUUGGUUAGAAGUAGACUCAGUUGUCGACCUUGGGCAUUUUGUGAAAUCUGGGAUGCUUUCAACGCUUCACCGCCGUGACUCACUGAGUCAGUUAUCCAGGAUAUCCAGAAAAAUUAUCAUCGAAACCUCCCUGAAGCAUUGGACGUUUGUUCGCAAAUGCCAAGCAAUAAUAUAUCCUGUAGUGCACAAAUUCUCCGAGCUUGAGCAUUUUCGAAUCUCGAAUCGCGGUAGCCUCCCCCGCAGACAUUCUUAGGGGUGGAUGACGCACCCCUAAGAAUGUCUGCGGGGGAGGCUAGAAUCGCGGGCACGGUUUUCAAAAUACUAUAGCACUGAACAGCCCGCCAGUCUAGACUAGGUCUCUCUGUUUUUCGCGAAAAACUGAACUUAUCGAAUAUCUGGUACGGCUACGACUCUUUCUACUUCGGCACAGAGGUAGAAAAUGUCUAAACAAUUAUCAAAUUUUCUUUAAAGAAUUCGAUGAGAAUUCUUAAAACUCGGAGUUGAAUAUCAGCUAAUUCUUUGAAAACAUUUACCGGCUGGGUUGCAAACGAGGUAUCUACACAGAGCGUUUAAAAGUUCUCUCAUUUUCUGCUCUGCAUCAAUCCUUUGCACUUGAGCUAUGUUUUGAUUUGUUCUACAUUAUAUUCUCCUGGAUCUUCCUCGAAUUUCGAAACUGGAACGUUCCUCAAAACGCUAAAAGGGCGAGCAGAGCUGAUCGCAAACUGUGCGUUUCCAUACAGCGCCCUUGCGACCUCUUGCAGAAAGGGCCAAUGUUUCUCUGAGUCUCGGUGGGGGUUACGUUUUGUGACAUCAUCCGUGCGCAGCGCUAUAGACGCCCCCGAUAAAAAUUGCUCCAAAAUACAGUGAAACCCUGUUAAUAUGGACACCAGCCGGACUGAUGCCGUAGUGUCCGUGUCCGUAUUAAGCAAACUCGAUCUCAGAAACAAAAAUGUCAGAGGCACGAUUUUUAUCGAUUUAAAGACACAAAGGAGAAAUAGCUGAAAGGAAAAAGCUAAGUCAGUGAAACUUGUAAAAUAGAAGGCAGAAAUCUUUAUUAAACAACCAACGUAUAAGGGUCAAAAACCGGAUAGCGGAGACUGAUCAAAUCAAUAGCCUGAAUUUCAUCCGAUUACUUCGCGUCGUUAUUUCUCCCUCAGUAACGUCUGAAUCGACCGGCCGUUUAUGCCGUCCAGUGACGUCACUUCUCCUUGACUUCUGCUUUAAUUCGUGCAAAAAGUAAAGCACGAUUUUCAAGUGGCAAACCGAGAAAUAUCGUUUGUAAAUGUCUGCAUGAUACAGAACUGCUUUAUUUUUUUCGAUCAUAAUUCAUGUUUAACGUUCAAACUAUCAACUGAAUGCAGUACAACUCUGAACCGGUUGCACUAAAUUCUAUAAUCAAACUCGGUCGCAAUCACGCAAUGAAAUAAACACACACGGAACACUUAAACACAAUGAUUUGCUUUAAUUGAAAAGAAGGGGGACAAGAAAGAAAAGCUAACGGAAUCAUUACACUUGACGGUAAAAAUAGCAAGAAGGUCGAAUUAUAACAUUGAUCUCAGAAAACUUCGCGUAAUUAAAAUCACCGGCAGCCGAAACGACAAAGCGGCUCUAAAUGAAAAACCUACCGACUCUCCGCAAUGAUUCUUCAUUCCCAGUUCAAUUUAGCAUUUCAGUUUCGAAGACAAGGGCAAUUUCGCUGUUUACUAUAAAGAUUGCGCUUAUCGAAAUGUUUGAACUAGACGAAAGGAUGCCAGGGAUGCGAUCCGCUGAAUAUCAAGCGACAAUCCCGCUUAAAUUUUUCAUAAUUAUACAUAAUUAUGCGAAUGAUUAGACAAUGAACCAAUUAAAAUCACUACCCGGUUUUCGGGUAGUGAGUGACGUCACUGGACGGCAUUAACGGCCGGUCGAUUCAGACGUUGUUGAGAGGAGAAAACGACUCGAAGCAAUCGGAUGAAUUUCAGGCUAAUCAAAUCAAACACGUCAUGUUAUUUCGCAACUGUUUUUAGUGGCAAAAUCGUAUGAAUCUUCUUCAUUAAUUCCGGACGGACCUAGAAAAGAGAGUGUAUUAAACAUUAUCACUUACUCUGGGUGGUUCAAAUCGGCGCCAGUGGGCGGAACUAUUGUCUACUGCAUGCUCAAUGGUGCACCGGCUAACGUUUAAUUCUGACUGUAUGACUUUAAAAUUUUCCCUCUUUUUUACAUUUUUUAUUUAAUUUUCUGGCAGAGAACUUACAUCAAUAUUACCUAUAUCGAGGAACAUGGAACAGGGCCAAUGGACACAAAACUUUAAACUUCCCUGUCAUAUAUGCUGAAGAACCCAUCAGGGGUAGCCUGACAGACAGCGGAUCCCGCUAUAGGACCCUUACGUCAAUAUCCAUGGUUAUUCAAGACAUGUUACGGCAUAGACCGUCAAAUAGUACAUUCUGUGCCAUAUAUUUUACUACAAUAUAAACGUCCACAUGUGUAAAAUUUUCACAUUACUUUAAUGUACAUACUAAUUAAAGAACGACGGCAUUUCGACAAAUCAAGCACAUGCCAGCUUAUCCCCCAGUAGGACGCUUACGUCAAUAUCCAUGGUUCUUCAAGACAUGUUAUGACAUAGAUCAUCCGAUCAAAGCGUACAUUCUGUGCCACAUUUGCAAAUUAUUUACCUGAUUUUAAUAUACAUGCCAGUUUAAGAACGACUGUGCGACAAAUGACAUUUUGCAAAAACUAUUUUGCAAAGAUUUUGGUUAGGAUCCUGUACGAUCUUAUAGGAUUCUCUAGGAUACUGUAGGAUCCUGUCGCAUUCCAUGUGAUCUUGUCUAUAAUACUGUAGGAUCAUUUCCAGAGUUGAUUAGGAUUCCAUAGGAUCUCUCGUGAACUUUCUUAGCAUUUUAACUGCUGAAAUAAAGACUAGUAUAUUUCGAAACUGACUUCUUAGGUUUUUCCCGGUAUUAUCCUUUUAAAUAUUUUAACUACGGAGGAUGCGGUUGAGUCGUUGAAAAUCUUCUGUAAGAUCCCAUAGCAUCUUAACUAAAAUUAAUAACGAUUUUAUAGGAUUUUUUCUAGGAUCCUGUGAGAUCAUCCCGUAGGAUCUUGUAUGAUUCCACAGGAUCGUGUCCACAAUUGAUUAGGAUUUCAUAGGAUCUUUCGUAAACCUUGCCUUUCCAUUAUAAUUGCCCAAAUAGGCACUUGCAUACUUCGUAACUAAUUUCCUUGGUUCCUUAGUAUAAUAUCGUGUUAAUUAUCUUAAGGAUUGCUGUUGAGUCAUUCAGAAUCUUCUCUAAGAUCCCGGGACACGUAAAGAUGUCUAGAAUACAUAAGGAUGCCAUGCCAUUGUAUAUUUUUAAA